UGCAUUUUUUCUCUUGCAGGUUGGACGCGCCACCGCUCUUCAACGGUGCCACCAUGGACGCGAAAAAGCUGCAGCAACUGCAGCAAGCGAACGCCCAAAAGAAACUGCCACUCGCAUAUCAAACGAACCUCGUCGACUAUCGCGCUGCCACACAUUCACCCGUUUUUCAGCAACACCAGGCGGCUGGCAUGAGCGCCUACCAUGUCGGCGGCGGUGUUAGCGGCAGUGGCUACCAGCAAAGCCCCACGGCCACCUCCUCGAGUGGUGGUCCACUUACGCCAAUCGAUAUGCAACCGCAACCAAAUAAAAUGCUGCUCAAGCACUUGGCUGGAAGUGGCGGUAAUACCUCGAGCAGCUCACAUAGCUCGCCAUAUCACCAGUCGUCGUACAACAGCGGCGGCGAACAGCUGUAUCAGUCGCCAACGGAACGCACCUACCUGACCGCCGCGGGCCGCCUGCAGGCAACUUCAUCACUUAAUCCUGCCACGGCGCUACAGCAACAAUAUCAACAGCUACAGCAAGCCAAGCUGCAGGCGCAGAUGCAAACACAGAACGAGGCUGUGCAGCAGCAGCAACGCACAUUCGCCAUGCGACAGGCAUUGAACCCGCCAGUGCCGCAAGGACACUUCCACAUGAGUCAGUCGUCGAGCGUCAUGUCUUCGAUGACCACACAGCAGCAGCAGCAGCAGCAACAGAGCGCCGCAUCAGCGCAUGGCCGCGCGCCACCCUCCACCCUGAAUUUAAACAGUCCAUUCCAGCCAGCGGGCGGCCCACUUAAGGUGAAUCAAAAACAGCAGCCGCAGCAUUAUCAUUCACAGGAUCAGCAACAAAUCUACGCACAACAACAACAGCAACAUCAACAUCAACAGCAGCAUCAAAUACAAAUGCAGCUGCAACAUCAACAGCAGUUGCAGCAACAGCACGUCCUUCAGCAACAGCAUCGUCUGAAGUCCGAACAGCAGACGCCAGGCAACGAACAGAGUCCGGUGUACAUACAGCAAAAUCAUCCUGGUCACGUCGUUAAUCAGGCCUGCCAAACACAAAUAUCUGCAGUAAAGGGCGGCGCUGUGGUUCAAAAGACAACACCUAGUUCGGAGGAUUCGUCCGGCAAGAGUCCCUCGCACGCGCCACUGGAUCGCAAGAAAAGUAUUGGCUCAAUGCAGGCUCUUAAGUCACCCAUCACCAAGCGUCCGCCUUCCUCGCCCGUUACCCUCUCCGGUUGGCUCUAUAAGCAGGGCUCGGAUGGGCUGAAGGUGUGGCGCAAACGCUGGUUUGUGCUUGCCGAAUAUUGUCUCUACUACUACAAGGGUCCCGAGGAGGAGAAGUUGCUCGGCUCCAUACUCUUGCCGUCGUACAAAGUGUCCGCCUGCUUACCAGAAGACAAAAUCUAUCGAAAGUAUGCCUUUAAGUGCGAACACCAAAACAUGCGUACCUACUGGCUAGCCGCUGAGACGGGCGAGGCGAUGGUGCAAUGGGUGCGUGCGCUCACCGCCGCCACAACAAUGCAGGCUCCCAACAGCGGCGAGUCGGAUCAGCCAAGCGGCUCCUCCUCACUCAAUCACAGUGGCGAAAAUUCCGACUCUGGCAUUCAUACGCUCCAGUCGCAGCAGAGCAAGAUGAGCCUGAAUCAGGGUCAGGUGACGCCCGCAUCCGAGCACGCCAACGCAAACUCAGCAUCGAGCAGCAACAGCGGCGGCGGCGGCGGCGGCGCCAACGGCGGUGGUGGUGGCGCACAACCUCUGUACGCGAACGCGCCACCCAAACCACGACGCAUCAAUGACGGCGGCUAUUCCUCGCCUAGUCCCGAACACUCAAUUGACAACGAACGAAAAUCACACCAUCAACAACAGCAAACUGGACGCCAUGGUGGUGUUAUGUCGCCAACGCUGCAACAGAUGCAACAACAGCAGCAGCACUAUCAACAACAGACACGCGUGCCACAGCAGCCACAACAGCAUCAUGCCAUCUACGACACACGCACCGGCAAUGUUUCUUCCGCUUUGCGGCUACAACAAGCACAACAACAAUACUCCGUAGAUCAGUUGGAGGCGCAAUUGCAGCAGCAAAUGAGCUUGUCCCCAGAAGAUUACCCUAAAUCACCGCCACCGCCGGCCACACACUCCAAUUAUAUGGAUAUCGAGGAGCAAAUGUUGCGCAUGCAACAGCAACAACGAACUGGUGAGGAGAUUUAUGGCGAACGCGAGCUUUACAUGCAGAAGCUGAUGCAGCAACGUUAUCCGCCGCACUUGACGCUGUAUCCGAAUGCGGAGCG